AUGGGACAGCAGUUGACAGAUGAACUGGAGUUGGUUGACAAGUUAAUUAAUUUUUUUCUCUUUUUUUUUCUUUUCUUUUUUUCACCCUUUUUCUUUAUUGUUUGUUUUCCUUAUUGUUUGUUUUCCUUGUCUUUUUUUCUUUAUUGUCUCUCUUUCUUUUUUGUCCUUUUCCUCGUGUUGCUUUUUGUCGCGUUCCUUUUUAUCUUUUUCCUUUUAUUAUGUUUUAUUUUGUCUUUUACUUUGUUUUUUGUUUUCCUUUUUUUCUGUCUUUUGUCUUUCUUUUCUUACACUUUCCCUCUGUAUUUUUUAUUUUUACGUCUCCCUUCUUUUUACCUUCACGAAGCACCGGCCUCUUCUCUCCCUCUCUCUCUCUCUCUCUCUCUUUUUCUCUCUCUUUCUCUAUGCCAAAUUUAUUUUAUUUUAUUUUUAUUAAAAUUAUGUUCAGCCCCGUGCGCGCCACAAGCGGGUAUUUUCAUUACCAAUGAGUAA